AUGUGGAACCAUGGAACCUUUUUGGGCAUCCAAAAACAUAACUAUUUUCGGAACAACGACUCUGUGCUGUUGGCGCCUCCGCUUCCCAUUGAGGAGGAGCAAAAAACAUCACGGCCUGAGUUGGCGCCGUACACGCCGCCUCAUGUGGUGGCUGCGAGUAAGACUGUGACCCGACCGAGAGAAGAUGUUCCAGACUUUCCCUCACUGAUUGUUGGCAACUUUGCCUCAGGGAAGUCAAGUGCCCUCACAGCGCAAAAAACAGCUGCAUCUGCCAUGAAGUGGUGUGAACAACAGGGAGGACACCCGGACUCGCAGGAUCAUGUGAGUCGAAUUGCUAGACUUGGUGCUUCUGGCAAGUUUCCUGGGAACGUUGAGCGUGACAUGCACACCUUCUUGAAGGGAUUGAACCAGCGAUUGGGUGCCAAAAUCUCUACUAUCAGGGCAAGGAUGUACAACCACACCGCUGCGAGGGAGGAGUGGCAACCAAUGGAAAUCCUCUAUCCUGACGACCUUGCAUCAGCAUUGUUUUCGAGAAGCAAAGAAGCUUUCAUCAAAUGUAUGUUUGCUGACGUGGACGCCGAUCGAUUUUGGAACCAUUGUGCUGCACACUGUGAGUGGUUCAAGCAGCACAGCUUGAACACUUACCCACGAAGGGACCGCUUGAUCCCUUUUUCUCUUUACGGAGACGAUGUACAAUGUUACAGAAAUUCUGAAGUGGGCACUGUGUCAAUCAUAGCGUGGACAAGUGACUUCGCUUAUGGCAACACAUCUCUUUGCCGUUAUUUCCCUAUAGCUGUUUACUCUGAGCACUGCAGCACCGAGAACACUCACGACGACAUUAUGAAGUGUGUCAUGGCCCGGCUGAAGCAGAUGUGUUCCUGCGAGCACCUGUUUGAUUGGAGCGCUGAUGGGUUUUGCUUUAUGUUCUCCAGCGUUCAGGGGGAUCUCAAAUGGAUAUUUGACCGCUAUGGUUUGCACAACUUCCACGCAAAUGCGUGUUGCAGCUUAUGUGGCGCGGUUAAGAACCAUGCGAAUUUGAGCAUGACCAUUGCCGACUUCAGACCAACAGCUGCUCACAUCAACUCCGAGCCAGAUCUGAGUGGCUUUCUCGCCAGGAACUCCUCAGUGUUUCAGUUGGCCACCCGCGACAGGGUGUUGCAUGAUGUCAUGCACGGACAACUGCUUGGAACAGGAAAGGUGUUGAACGGGAGUGUGCUGGUUUACAUGUGUGAAUCUGGUGUGUUUGGAGAUUUUCAGCCAGGAGGAGCUGGUAUUUAUGAACAGUGCUUGGAAAGUGUAUUACGUGCUGCGCACUGUGACUUCUUGAGGUUCAAAAAAGAAAGGGGUAUCCAAACUGUGCAACCUCGCUUUACACCUUCAAGGUGCUCAAGGAAGACUAGAAUGCAAUACCCGGUGCUUUCUAGCAAGGCAGCAGCAUCAAAGGCCGUGACCAUGUGGCUGGCAAAUCGUGCCUGCAGUUUUGCUCUCCGAGAUGGUGCAAGUGAAAUGGAUCGCCUUGUUUGCACAUGCGUUCAGACGUAUGCGAUGGCUCUCAAUAUCAUGGACGAUUGUGGCCUUGUGAUGACGGCGGGGGAGUCUGGUGCAUUUUACGAUGCCAUCAUGACACACCUUCAAACCUUUGCAUUGCUCAACAAGCGGUCUCGGCAGUUGACUGGACGCGUGAUUGGGAGGAAUAUGUUUAUUCUUUUGCCGAAGCAUCAUCAUUUGAUGCACGCUGCACAACGCACCAAGCUGGAAAGGAUCAAUCCAAGAUCGUGGUCGCUGUUCAGCGGCGAGGAUUUCAUUGGCCGCAUCGGCCGUAUUGCUAGAGUGUGUCACAGGAGCACCGUUUCAUUUAGAGUUCUUGAGCGCUACUUAGCUCUCAUGUACUUGGAGCUGGCUAAGCUAAUCCCAUAA